AUGGCGUCCAAAAAUGAUAUAUAUGUGUUACGGGCAUGGAUGUACAAUCAUAGAGAUCCGGAUACCGGUGAAGUGACGAGAGAAUAUCGGGCGGGGCUACGGGGUUUCUUACAACAGGCAACUAACCAACCAUUUGCAAGGGAAAAUGGUAAAAUAUUCUGUCCCUGUGUAAAAUGCAAGAACGAACCAUAUUUAGAAAUUGAUACUGUGAAGAAGCAUCUAUAUAAUAGAGGAUUUAGACCACAGUACUACAUAUGGUUUUUGCAUGGGGAAGGUGCAUCAAGUAGUAGUACGGGUCAGGGAUUUGAACUACCAAGUUAUAAUGCUAAUUAUUAUGAUCCUCGUGAGUCAAAUAUGUUUGGAAAUAAUGCGGGUGAUGGGUAUGAGCAAAAUAUGUUUGAAAAUAAUGCGGGAGAUAGGUAUGAGCAACAUGGAAAUAGAUAUCACAAUAUGGUUACAGAUGCAUUGCAUGAAGCUGCUAUUCCUGAUAGUAGUAGGGAAGAACCUAACAUAGACGCACAAAGGUUUUAUAAUAUGUUAGAUGCUGCCAAUGAACCUAUCUACGAAGGAUGUAGAGAAGGGCUUUCUAGAUUAUCACUAGCAUCUAGGAUGAUGACAAUUAAAAGUGAUCAUUCUCUAAAUGAGAAGUGCAUGGAUUCGUGGGCUCAACUCAUUAAUGAGUAUUUACCGGAAGGUAAUCUUGCUGCCGAUAAUUUUUAUGAAAUUCAGAAGCUAGUUGCGGGUCUUGGUCUACCAUCUGAAACAAUUGAUGUGUGCGUUGACAACUGCAUGAUUUUCUGGAAAGAUGAUGAAAAUCUGGAGGGAUGCCGAUUUUGUAAAAAGCCAAGAUAUCAAGAAACCACAGGAAGGAAUCGUGUGCCUUACAAACGUAUGUGGUACUUACCGAUCACAGAUAGAUUGAAGCGUUUAUAUCACUCAGAAAGGACAGCCGCGUGGAUGAGAUGGCAUGCCCAACAUUCGGUGAAAGAUGGCGAGAUUACACAUCCCUCAGAUGCUAAGGCAUGGAAACACUUUCAAACCGUAUAUCCCGACUUUGCGAGUGAGUGUAGAAACGUUUAUCUUGGUCUAUGCACGGAUGGAUUUAGUCCAUUUGGUAUGUCUGGAAGGCAAUACUCUUUAUGGCCUGUCAUCUUGACGCCAUACAAUCUCCCUCCGGAUAUGUGCAUGCAAAGAGAAUUUUUGUUCUUGAGUAUUCUAGUGCCUGGUCCAAAACAUCCAAAGCGAGCACUUGAUGUAUUUUUGCAACCUUUGAUCCAUGAGCUGAAGCUGUUGUGGCAUUUUGGCGAGGAGACAUGGGAUUAUUCGCAGCAGCAGAACUUCAAUAUGCGUGCAGUGCUUAUGUGGACCAUAAGUGACUUCCCCGCAUAUGGAAUGUUAUCGGGUUGGACCACACAUGGAAGAUUAUCAUGUCCAUAUUGUAUGGAGAAGACAGAUGCUUUUCAGCUGAAAAAUGGGAGGAAGUCAUGUUGGUUUGAUUGUCACCGUAGGUUUCUUCCGCCGCAUCAUACAUAUCGUAAGAACAAGAAAUUGUUUAGGAAAAACAAGGUGGUCCAUGCUCCUCCCCCAAUAAUGCAAUCAGGAGCAUCUUUGUUAGAGGAAAUUGACUAUUAUGGUGCUAACGAGACAUGUAAAGUUGGGGGAAAUUGGCACAUUCCAGCUAACAUGCCAGACGGGUAUACGACAUCUCAUAAUUGGCAUAAGAAGAGCAUAUUUUGGCAACUUCCAUAUUGGAAAGAUCAUCUCUUAAGGCACAAUCUUGAUGUGAUGCACAUAGAGAAGAAUGUUUUUGAGA